AUGCCACCCCUCCCGCGCUUCACCCUAAUCUUCUACGCACCCACCCCCGCCCUAGCAGCCUGCAAAUCCGCCAUCUUCGCCGCCGGCGCAGGCCGCUACCCCGGGCCGGGGAACUACACCGAGUGCUGCUGGGCCACCCUAGGCACGGGCCAAUUCCGCCCCGGCGACGCCGCGAACCCGCAUAUCGGCGCCGUCGGCGCCCUCGAGGAAGUCCCCGAGGUCCGCGUCGAGACCCUGUGCGUCGGCGAGGACGUCGUUAAGGGCGCUGUCAAGGCGCUUAAGGGAUAUGGCAUGUCCGAAACAACUCCGCUGACCGAGAAAUCUCCUUCCAGCGCUCAUCCCUACGAGGAACCUGCCUACCACGUCAUCAAGCUGGAGGAUUAUUGA